AUGCUUACACAGUCAAAACUCCUUCGAAGACCUUUGCCUCCAAUGCUCCGCCCUAAAGUGAUUUGUCCUAAACCACCAAACCCAAAGAAAGAAAAAACUGAAUUAGCUAUUACCAAUGAAGAUUUCAAGCAACAAGAUCUUCCUAAAAUAUCUUUUAGUAAAAUUAUUCCAACAGAAAUGGAGAAGAAAAUUAUUCCUAGAAUAUUUUUUAAGAGGAGAAGGCAAUCCAAACUCCAUGUCAAAAACCUCCUUUUUAAAUGGAAGAUAAAAGGAGAUUUAGAUACCACAUCAAAGAAACAAGCACAUAUUUAUCUGCUCUUUACAAAAGCUAAAGGUAGUCGUGGCAGUCCUAUCUAUAUGCCAACUUGCAGUUGGGGAAAGGAAGAAAGUAUUUCAGAAAAGUCAUGUAAAAUAAAAACCUUAUUGUUGGACAAUAUUUCAGAAAGUUCAAAAACUGUAUCUUCUAGGUCCGUAACACCUCUAAGUUCCCGAUCAGGACCCUUAUCCAGCUACAGAAAAACUAAUAAAGAAGGCUUAACUACACCAGACUCAUCAUAUGUACCUUUUCCAUCGCCCUUAAUGAUUAUGCCAGAAGAUAAAAAGGAAGCUAAAAAACCUAUGUGGAUUUCUAAAGUGCGACCUUCUAAUGAAAUAAUAAACAACCAACUUUUUUCAUUUGAUAAGCUACCAGCAUCAAAAGAAAAAACGUCUACUACAACAGAUAAGAUAGCAAGUUUAAAAACAAAAAAGUUAAAAAAAAGACCUGAAUCUAAAGUAGCAGCACUAUCGGAGACAUCAGAUUUAGCUCCAGACUUUCUCUCCAAAUUUGAAGAAGAAUGUGAUGAAGAACCACUCGCUAUAUAUGGGGAAGGUUACUUUAGUAGAGAUGCAAUAGAUAUAAACAAUCCAAAGCUAAACCUUGCUAGAAUAGCUGUUUUAAGAUGUCAUCAAUAUGAAAGAAAUGCACUUAAUUUUAAGGGUUUCUUUAUUGACGAAUGCCCCAAAUUAAACAUUUUGGCUCAUUUAUUGGUAUAUAUUAACUUGUCCUUCAACAAUUUUACUGAAUUUCCUCGCGAGGUGUUAAUUGUAGAACAUUUACAAGUCCUUAUAAUGAGAAAUAAUCCCAUCAAAGAAAUCUGUCCUGAUAUUAAAGAAUUACAUCACCUUAAAAUAUUCAUCAUUUCCUUCAAUUUGCUAACUUCUCUUCCAAAUGAGUUGUUUUUGUUGUAUGAACUUGAGUUCCUGGAUGUUUCCUACAAUGAAAUUACUUUUAUUCCAAAUGAAAUCGAGUCUCUCAGCGCUCUUAACACUUUGAAUGUUGAUGGGAAUGAACUGUAUUAUUUGCCACCUGGAAUUUUGAAACUUCAACUGGAGACCUUCAUUGUAGAGAAUAACUUCAUACACCCUGUGUUGUGGAAAGAGAGUUGUAAAAAUGAUGUUCAAACCCUCACUGAUAUGGCUCUCCUGACCUUUUCCUUCCACCAACUGGAGAAGGUUUAUAAGGAGCUCCCACCUGGAAUUACGGAACAACUUGUCAGCUCUAAAGUUUGUGAAUGCUGCAAGGGUCCCAUGUAUGGCAAAGGACUUCGUGUCAUUCAACCUGUUGAUAUUUUUAAUGUUCCACUUGUUCCCAUCUUGUAUUGUGUCUGCUCUGUAAAAUGCUAUAAUUCUAUAAAGCAUAGUUCAAGUACCACAGAUCCUAAUGCGUCAGAAUAA